CACCUAUAAAUUGAAGGACACCAACGUAACCAUGAAGCACCUACCUAUAGCAAGCCCGUGCAUGUCUAGCUUGCUAAAUUAAUAAUAUUGGCUACCUUGUUUUUGCCUUCCUUUAGUCCAUAUUCAGUGUACUAAUUCUCUAUUCCAUCUUCGUCUACUAACUACUACACUAUACUACAGUAGUAUCUUUUUCAAAGAUAACACCAUACAUAUAUAGAUAGUCAUAGAGGAAUAGAGAAUUAUUACUAUAAAAAAUUAUGGGUAGUAGUAGUAGGUGUGAGAAGUCUCGGAAGGUUUCCUUUUAUGGUUCAAUAGUUUUGCUAGGACUUACUUGGUUAUUGCUGGUUGGAGUUUUACAUAACGAGGCCUCUACGACAACGAUUACGACAAGAACAAGAACGACACAUUCUGAUCACGUGCGUAGAGGUGGAGGAAGAGGAAGAAGGAUGAAAAUGGAUGAUGGUAAGAAGCUUGAAGUAACUAGUAGUGUUCAUGCAGAUCUCAACUUCAUGAGUAAAAGGAAAGUUCCAAAUGGACCGGACCCUAUUCAUAAUAGAAGAGCAGGAAACUCCCAUCGGCCGCCGGGCAGAGCUUACAGAGGAGAGCUUAACAAGCCAAUGAAGCCAUGAAUGAAUGAAUUACUUAAAAGUAUAGCCAAUUCCAAGCUAAUUAAGAAGACAGCCAGCUGGUAGGGAUUAGAACAUCACCAAUUGUAUGUAACAAUUGUUUUAAAAUUGGAUUCUCCAUCAAAGUGUUUUAGUCACGCUGUACAUUGGCUAUGUUUAGUAGUGUGGUACGGUACCGAAUUACUCCGUAUGUGUAUAUGUAUAUUUUUUGUCGGCUUUUCGGGAAAAUCUGUUAAGCAAAGAAGGCAAUGAAAUUUCCUUCGGAAAUCCUCGCUCUUUCCCAAAUUUACCUUUUUAAUCGUG